AUGAAAUUUACAACGAAAAAAGUUAUUUUAACAACCAUCACGGUGUGUUUUCUUCAGCUAGUUUCAGGCUUCCCCAUUGAAAAACGAGAUAGAAACAGCUCCAAAUUCUCUGAUACACUUAUAGCUGAUAUGUUUUUAUUUAUACAGCUUCUUGGAGGUUGUGCUUUAGGAGGAGGUGUAGGUUCUAUUGCUGGUGCUUUUGUUUGUGCAUUUACCUUCCUCGCCAUUCUUUGCAAUAUGAUGGUAACCAUACUCACUCUCGUAGAUAGAUUUGUUAACGACCCAAGUGGAUCAAGUGUAACCAUGAAUUUUUCAACAAUGUUGGACAGUACUGGUGUAGGAAAUAUUGAUAAAUUGAAAAACUAUCUAGGUGAAUACCUAGAUAUUAGUAUGCACGUAUCUUCCACAUAUAUGGGUGAAAUGAACAGUACCAAAGUUAAUUGUGUCUCAUUUGAACUAACUGAUUCAAAGUUGUUUCCAAAAUGUGUUGAUACAAAAAUAUGCAUUAGUGAAGCUGGGAGAAAGAAAGUAUUGCAUCAGAGUGGUCCACUCCCACUAAAAAUUGUUAAAACAUUAGCCACUAAAGCAGGAAGUUUUGGGAUAGCAACACCAAUAAAACACCCAAAGAUGUUUAUGAAAUCAUUAUUGAUGACAUUUAAAGAAGAUACAUCUGUGUUUUUGGAACAAUUUCAAGAAUUGUUCCAUAAGUUAAAGAGUCCUGAUUGGAGAGGGGAAAAUCAUCAAGGUCACGAAUUUAGUAUAGAGGAUAGUAGGGAUGGAAAUAAACUUUUAUUUUAUUUUGAAUUUACCUAG